AUGGAAGCUGGAUCGGAAUGGGUGGACAUGAACGCGGAUUCGGAGGAGGAAGUGGAAUGGGAUGAGCAGGAGGACCUUCUUGAAAGAUCGGAGGUCAACGGCGAUCUGUUUGCCGACACAACGACGUCAUCUUCUGCCGCGCCCCCGCCGCCCCCUCCUCAGCAACAGAGGAGCCUCUUCUCCAAGAUGAGGAAGAGGAAAGUACGCAAGGCAAACACGAACGUUAUCUCGGUCAAGCUCGGCACCCUGACCCAGGACGAGCAGUCCACCACGAAGGACAGCUUCAUCACGCGCGAUGUGGGUAACGUCACCACCGAGAGCGCCUUCACCUUUGAGUUUGGCGUGCGCCCCAUCGAAGAGGCCAAGGCCCUGGGCAUCGAUCUUGAGCUGAGCGCUCUGCCCUUCCAGCUUCAGAUCCGCUACACGAAGCUCGACGGCAUGAAGUGCAUCCGCAUCAUCUCGCGGGAGCAGAAGGCCACCCGCGACAGGGAGCAGGCCGAGUUGGCCGCCAACGUCGACGUGCUGGGGCUCAACGCCGUGCAGAAGUCUGCCAAGAUCGCACAGAAGGGCGAGUACACCGCUGCUCGCCUGGAGAACUUCACGCACACCAAGUUGAUGAGGAAGGUGGCCAUGGGCUCGGAGGAUAAGAAGCAGAAGUUUGCGGCGUGGGGCAGCAAGCAGAGGGUCCUGGAGUCGGAGCUCAAGAGCGUGAAGGUGCGCGAGUUGGACGAGGGCCUGGCGCUCUCCGAUGAGGACGAGGAUGACGACGUGUUCGAAGAGGAGAAGGCCGAGAAGCGCAAGGCCAAGAAGGUCGUCAAGGAGCAGGCGCGCAAGGAGAGGCGAGGCGACGAGACCGCCAAGGUUCUCUGGGCCUUCCGCUCGAAGAGGAACAAGUAG